UUGAGACUACAUGAUAAGAACUCAGUGGUGGAGCAGAUGUCCACCAGUGUUGCCUCUGGUAAUGGCUUAGUGGUCGUCACACACGUGUACCGAGAAGAAGAUGCCUCGAAGGGAGAUGCGCCACCAAAUGUGGUUGUUCCACCCGUUUCCCCAUGGCUGGAAAAUGGUGCUCCACGGGCAGUUCAACCAAGGAAUGGAGCUAUUACACAAUUCAUCAAUGUGUUAGAACCAUUUGUGAGAAGAGACCAGACAACACUGGGGACAGUUCAGGUGCUGAUUGGUGUGAUUGUGUUUUUGUUCGGCAUUGUGACAACAAUUGAUGCCAUUACUGUAUCAGCAAAGUCUGGCAUCAUGUUCUGGGGCUCAGUUAUUCAUGUCAUUGCAGGUUAUCUCACUGUUGUUAAUGCCAAAGACAACUCCAGUCAGAGUUUGGACAAAGUCUUGCUGACAAUUAAUAUCUUCAGCUGCUUAACUGCAGCAGUCGCCAUAGUUCUGUAUUGCCUGGAUUUCAAGAUUCAGGAUUCCUGCUAUUACAACUGCUACUACAAUAUGGAAACUAUCCAUGGGAUUUCUGGGGUAAUGUUAGUGUUGUCUCUGUUGGAGUUCAUGCUCUCAGCUGCAGUAUCAGUUAUUACUUACAAUGCCAUCUCAUCGUCUACCCCAGAGGUGAGUGUUGUCAAACAAACUUCAAGUCUGCAGGCCCAGUAUUUGCCCCCAUCAUAUGAAACAGCUACUGAUACUGUGAACACAUCUGAGACAAGGUUUUUCCCAUCUGCUGUUUCUCCCUCACAUCAUGGCAGCAGUGACAAACCUGAAGAUCUACCCUCUACUGCUUAAGAGCAGGAUCAUGGAGCCGACUAUUCAAAACACAUGCAUUUCAAUUACAUACACUUUCCAUCCAAUUUAAUCGCACAAAUCUAAUCUCAUUUUGUAGUUAUGGUUUUCCUGCAUGUUCACUGAAUGUGAAUAAAUCCCAUAAGUCUUAUGAAGGUCAUUGGAGUAACAGAUAUUACAAGUGGCAGCAGCGGUAACAAAAUCUGCUCCGUCAAUAUUUUCAUUUGAUGUCAUACUGUGUCAUACUGAUUCAUUUGUAUCUUUCAUAGGCUUAGUAUUAGAAAUAAACACUGUCCAUGAAUGUGA